UCAUUGCCACCGGUGCAUUUGUGUGCGUGUACCACCAGAAGAAGAAAAAAAAAACCGUCCUACAUAGCGGCUUUUCUGACCUGGGCCUGUUGUUUAUGGUGGGUGCAAUAAUAAUCGGCACAGCGGCAACAUAAGUUCAGUGCAAACACAACCCGCUCCCAGUUAAUCACUGUCAGCCAGCACAAUUCGGUGUGCAUCAGCGGUCCGAUUGAUUUGGAGGCGUGCUCGAGACACAACACGGCUACGUGGACAUAACGCACCAUUCGACAUUUUUUGUGCGUGAGGAUGAUUCCGCGGGCAGCUGAGAGGUUGCUGGUGCUGGUGGGGCUGCUACUCUUCGUCACCGGCUCCUCGCAAGCGCUGUACUCAUCGUCCGAUGAUGUCGUGGCACUGACGACGGCCAACUUCGACCGCACCGUGGUGAAAAGCGACGAGGUGUGGGUGGUCGAGUUUUACGCUCCCUUCUGUGGCCACUGUCGCAAUCUGGUGCCGGAGUACAAGAAGGCCGCCACCGCACUGAAGGGCGUCAUCAAGGUAGGCGGUGUGAACUGCGAGGAAGAGCAGGGUCUCUGCGGGCAGCACGGUGUGCGUGGCUAUCCGACCAUCAAGAUCUUCGGUGCGAACAAACGCUCCCCGGUCGAUUACAACGGACAGCGCACGGCCAAGGACAUUGCGGAGGCGGCCCUGGCGGAAGCGAAGAAAAAGAUCAAGAAUGUUCUGGGCGGUGGUGGUAGCAGCAGCAGCGGCGGUAGUGGUAGCAACAGCGGCAGCGGAUCCAAGGACGACGUCAUCGAGCUGACCGAUGCCAACUUCGAUAAGCUGGUGCUGCAGAGCGAGGAACCGUGGCUGGUGGAGUUCUACGCACCGUGGUGUGGACACUGCAAAAAUCUGGCCCCGCACUGGGCCCGGGCAGCGACCGAGCUGAAGGGCAAGGUGAAGCUGGGCGCACUCGAUGCGACCGUGCACCAGCAGAAGAUGUCCGAGUACGGUGUGCAGGGUUUCCCGACGAUCAAGUACUUCCCGGCGGGCACCAAGGAUCGCAACUCGGCCGAAGACUACAACGGUGGCCGCACAUCGUCCGACAUCGUGAACUGGGCGCAAGACAAGUACACGGAGGACAUCCCCAGCCCGGAAAUCGUGCAGCUCACCUCGGAGCAGGUGGCCCGGGACACGUGCGAAAAGAAGCCGCUGUGCGUGGUGUCCGUGCUGCCGCACAUUCUCGACUGCAAUGCCGACUGCCGCAACGGAUAUCUGAAGAUUCUGCAGGAGAUGGGUGACAAGUACAAGAAGAAGGAAUGGGGCUGGCUGUGGACGGAGGGUGGCGCACAGCUCGACCUGGAAUCGACGCUGGACAUCGGCGGAUUUGGCUAUCCCGCCAUGGCGGUGGUGAACCUGAAGAAGAUGAAGUACUCGCUGCUGCGCGGCUCGUUCUCGAAGGAUGGCAUCAACGAGUUUUUGCGCGACCUUUCGUUCGGCCGGGGCCACACCGCACCGGUGAAGGGUGCCGAGCUGCCAAAGAUUCACACGGUCGAGCCGUGGGACGGCAAGGACGGACAGCUGCCGGUGGAGGAGGAUAUCGAUCUUUCGGAUGUCGAUCUGGACGAGAAGGAUGAGCUGUAAAAAAAAGGCCAGACUACUGCCAGAGCAAAACUCGGAUGUGGGAUGAUGGUUUUCCCAUCCUUGCGAUAUCUUCCCAUGGAAGCGCUUCGUGUGCUUUAGUUCGUAAGAUUAGAGGAGCCGGAAUGGACGGGUUAUAAACGGCCAAGUGCGCACACGAACACAACACGCUCAUACAAAGUAACAGUCAUUUGCAUGUACCACUUACAGAACUAAUUGAUACCAUUCCCAGGUCAGCUGAAUUAGCCGAGAUUUAGUUUGUUAGGGAGCGGGGAAAUGGUACGACGUUGAAAUCCGUGUAAUUUUCAUUUUAAAAUUACCGAAAUAAGUGAAAUGAAAAUAAAGAACUGAUAGGAAACUAA